GCCCACUUCUACUAGAAAAAAAACAAGAUCCAGCAAGAGCAUUAAUACACAGGAAAUCCUGAAAUAUUUGGUUUAAAAAUAACUAAAUUAUAAAAGUUAAUCAUUAUAAAUUCUUUAAGUACAAUUCGGGUUUGUGUUUGGUAAACGAACUUAGAAUUUAGAGCAAUCACAACUGUGCACAAUAGGGUCAAGUUGAAAGUGAAGCAUAAACUCGGAAAAAGAAGCAGAUAUAAAGGGAGAUAACGACGUACAACCGGAGCGACAAAAUGUCGGACGUACAAAUGGACAGUGCGCUUGAUCUGAUGAGACGCCUGCCACCACAACAAAUCGAAAAGAACCUAAUUGAUUUGAUUGACUUGGCACCCGAAUUAUGCGAAGAUUUGCUUUCGUCAGUGGAUCAGCCGCUUAAAAUCGCAAAAGAUAAGGAACACAACAAAGAUUACCUCUUGUGCGAUUAUAACCGCGAUGGCGAUUCUUAUCGGUCACCGUGGUCAAACACUUACUAUCCCCCAUUAGAAGACGGACAAAUGCCGUCAGACCGUUUGCGAAAAUUGGAAAUUGAAGCUAACUACGCUUUCGAUCAAUAUCGCGAAAUGUACUAUGAAGGAGGCGUUUCCUCGGUAUACCUGUGGGACUUGGAGCAUGGCUUUGCCGCGGUAGUAUUGAUUAAAAAAGCAGGCGAUGGUAAUAAGAAAAUACGUGGCUGCUGGGACUCGAUUCACGUCGUGGAAGUGCAAGAAAAGCCUACGGGGCGAACGGCACAUUACAAACUAACCUCCACUGCUAUGCUCUGGUUGCAAACAAACAAACAAGGCUCUGGCACAAUGAAUCUAGGCGGCUCGUUGACACGUCAAACGGAACAAGACGCCAAUGUAAGUGAAUCUUCGCCACAUAUUGUAAACAUUGGCAAGAUGGUAGAGGAAAUGGAGAACAAAAUACGCAAUACGCUUAACGAAAUAUACUUCGGCAAGACGAAGGAUAUCAUAAAUGGCCUACGCAGCGUACAGCCAUUAGCUGACCAGCGACAAGAGGUAGCCAUGAAACAGGAUUUGGCUGCGGCGAUCCUAAAACGUAACGUAAAGCCGGAAUCGAACUGAAGUACAUGUGCAUGUAAAGUGGGGGAGUACGAUGAAGUUGAGAUACGCGAGUAUGGAGAUGGAAACGGCGAAGAGUGGUAACAAUAGCUAGGGGUGGGAUGGCAUAAACGGCGUUAGCGGUAUCAGAGCAGUUAAAUUGUGUUUUUAAAGCAUGCGCUGCAUAAAACG